CUGGGAGUCAGCUGCGCGUAAAAGUUGUCCACUCCUCCCUCAUGAGUGUGAUUUGGCUCCAGAUAUAAACACAGAGCUCCUCUCUGUGCCUGCCGAGCUCCUCAGUCUCCUCUCCACCAGCAGACAGUCUGCUCCAAGAGGCCGAACACAGAAAAAAAAAGCACGAGGGGACGAUCUCUGGCACAUUCCCCAGGAUGGAGAAGGAUUCUCCAUCCAAGCCCUCUGUGGCUGAGCUUGCUGGAAGGUUCAAAGGUCAUAUUUUGCCAAUGCCCACUUCAAAUGAUGAGUUUCGAAGAAGACCUCCUUGUUCCCUAAAGUUGCACAAUCAAAAAGAAGACAGUGGGGAUUCAGAUAAAACUAUUGUUACCCCAAAUCCUUUUAAAAUCAAGCUGAAGAACUCUGCUAUCAUUGAGAAACUUCAGGCCAACCUUGCUCUAUCCCCAACUUCUCUGCUGCCUUCACCUAAAAGUCCUGAAGUGAAGCUCCAACCUGCACCGUCGUCCCCUACCUUAACCUGCAGCCCGCUGAGCCCCAACCUGAGCCCCAACCUGAGCCCCAACCUGAGGCCCUCACAUCAAUCCAGCGAAGAGGAGGACCCCGUCAGCUUCAGCAACCCUCCUGAGGGAACUCCUCUGCCUAGCUUCAACAAGACUCGUGCACGACUAUCAUUCAAGAGACGUCCACCUACGAGGCAGCACAGGAGGUCAGCAGGAGAGGAGGCGGGUCUCUUUGGAAGUGCUCUGUCCCCAUGUGAACUGAACACACCAAGAGAAAAUGGGGAGGACCUGGUUUUUAAUAGCCCGGCAGAGGAAGACGAAUACAGACAGCCAGCCAGUCCAAAAGAAGUCAAAGAGGACAGAGACUGUGAAAAGGUUGAAGAUGAGGCAGCAAAUGUCAGCGGGGAUCUGGUGGAGGAGCACAAAACUAAACAAGCCCAGAUCUCCGACACCGGUGAGGAGGAAGAGCAGCCAACAGAGCCUUACACCACCAAGCAGACAGAGAGCGAUGUGAAGACAGAAGAGGGGCAGGAGGAGAUGGAGGAGGAUUCCAAGAAGCAAAUGGUGGGCUGUCAGAUGUGAAUGUCUAUUUGAGAGAGAGAAUAUAUAUAAAAAGGUAUCUAGUGCUUUGACCAAGAGCACAAAAAAUAUGUCAGGAAAGUUUUGUAAUGUCUUGGUACUGACUUUGUUUUCCUCCGUCACCCUCUUCCUGCUGUCAGUAGAACAGGUCAAUGAACACUGGAGGGUUAUCAGAUGCAGCUGCUCUCUGCACAUGAAAACGGCCAUUACAGUUGAUACUGUAUGAAUAUCUGACAGAGGGAAUCUAUGUCAUGCUGUCUGGAAAACCAGACUCUUGCUAUUAUGAGAAGUUGCAUUUUCUUCCUUGCUGUGAUUUGACACACGUCAAAGACUUUUUCUGAGAGUGUACUUUCAUGUCAGAAAUGUUAUGUGCAGAGGCAAAUUUACUAUCUGACCUCAAAUUAACAGAUAUUAAAUGUUCUAACAUCAUAAACCACAAUGGCUUUUGGUUGAAAUUUUAUAAUUUGUUAUGUUUUUGUUUUUUGACAUUUGAUGAUCAUGUUCAUUUUUUCAUAUUCAGUACUUCUCUGCCUGUCUUUUAUUUUGGAUACUGCAAAAUAUUGAAAUUAUAGAGCUACUGUUGACUCAGGUCAUCUGAAAUGAUGUAAAUUGAAAUUAAGAAAAUAAACAGCCUCAUUCUUAUAUAAGAAUAAAGUUGACUGACCUAGGUAUGGUGGAGUUUUUUGGUAGAAAGAUUAAAAUGAGUCAAAAUGAUAAAAUAAAAGUCAGAAUAUAUUUAAUCUGGAAUGCCUGUCAGUCAUUACUGAGAGUUGAAUUUAAUCUCCUUAAAUGACUGUUUGGUCAAAGCUUCAGUCAAAUGAGGGCAGGACGGUAGGCAUUAUUGUUAGAGGUUAUAAAUAAUGAUGACUGUAAAGCCCUGAUUGGAAAAUCCUACAAAUCUGUAGAACACUCACAGGGGUGACUUUGAUUAUUUGCUUUAUUAGUUGCUUUUUUGGAGACUAACAGUCCCAAAUGUUUUCAGCAAAUCCAAUAAUUCCUACUUUUAAUAAAACAUGCCAACUUUUGUGUUCAUUCCAGAUCAGUGUGGCUCCUUAAACUCUCCACAAAAAUUAGAAAGACAUGAGAUAUGAGCACACUUGAUACUGCUUACAUCAUUAACCCUUUAAAAGCUGAUGCAUUUCAAUUGGGUUCAAGCUAAAAAUGUUGCUGUUGGGAUUAUUACGGUUGUUGGUCUUUCAUUCUUCUGUGUCUGAAUGAUGUGCAUGUUGGGGGGUAAAGGUGCUCCAAAAUAUUCUUGACACUGCACGGGCAAAAGAAAAGAUGACAAUGUAAAUAUUUUAUUGUUUUUACCAAUGCCAAUAAAAUGUUGUUAAAAACUAAAGAUUUAGUUCAA